GCUUUCCCAACUUCCGUACACAAACGUUGAUGACGUGUGCUUUCCUCCACCGUCUGCUACUUAAAAGGCUAGCUAACUUUGCGCCCCGUAGGUGCCCGCCGAGGGGCAAUAACCCCUAAAAUAUAUCCACGAAAUAUUAGCGAGUAGUUCAGCGAGAACGUGUCGAAGAUGGAGACGCUUUACCACCAGACAAAUAAGCAAAUCCAGGAGGUGCAGUCGCUUAUGGGCAACCUGGAGAGAACGGAUCGCCAGUCAGUUCAUUUAUUAGAGAAUGAACUCCAGGCUCGAAUCGAGCAGAUCUUCAACCAAUUGGAGCGACUGGAGAUCCUGGCCAGCAAGGAGCCGCCCAACCGCCGCCAGAAUGCCAAACUGCGUGUGGACCAGCUCAAGUACGACGUCCAACACCUGCGCACCGCCCUGCAGAACUUCCAGCACAGACGCUACAACCAAGAGGCCCAGGAACGAGAGCGUGAGGAGCUCAUGAGCCGGACCUUCACCACCAACGAUGCAGACACGUCCAUCCCCAUUGACGAGACGCUGCAGCUCAAUUCUAACCUGCACAAUGCACACCGAGGCAUGGACGACCUGCUGGGCAGCGGUAGCAGCAUCCUCAAUGGGCUCAGAGAUCAAAGAUCCUCUCUCAAGGGGACCCACAAGAAGAUGCUGGAUGUGGCCAACAUGCUGGGUCUCUCCAACACGGUGAUGAGGCUCAUCGAGAGGCGUGCCACCCAGGACAAGUUUAUCAUGAUCGGAGGGAUGCUCCUCACGUGUGUCUUUAUGUUCCUGGUAAUACGAUACCUGGGCUGAACCCGGACGUACUCAUGGGUGCUUUGAGGAACUGGAAAUAUUUUCUUUUUUACUCGACAUAAGUAUUUUAUUACUUGUGCCGUCGCGGUUGCUAGCUGUCCUACUAAACAGUAUUCUUCCCAUAUCAUGAUGGACCUACUACUUUGAAAUACAAGCUUAUACGAAAUAUUUUUUUUAAAAGUUUUUGGAGAAAAAUAUCAGUGCACAAUGGGGUAGGCAAGUAACUCAUUGGCUGCCAUAGGCAGCGAUGGACGUCUGACCCACUUCAAAUGGAUGUGACGUCCACUCAUACUUCCGCUGUGAAUUAAUGUAUGCGAAUGUUCGUUCAUUUUCUGCUAGCCCUCCCACUUCAAAUGGAUCGGACCACAAUCGCCAUCAACGAGUCAAGAGGUAGACGAUAAAACAAUUGUAAUUGUACAACGCAUUGUCAUGAUUUACAGUUGACCCUAGUCUCACUAUGUGAGUGAUUUAACGCUGUUGAAUUAAACGUGUAUUUCCAUG